CAUGUCUUUUAAAGGGAGUAACUUACUUAGUGUUCAAUAGUUUAUUAAUAGUUAUCAUUAAUCAUUACAGCGCUAUUGAGACUAAAUCUCCGUAGAGUUAUGAGUUAAAAAGCCAUUACACAGAUGUGCUCAAAACCCAAAUGAAUAAUAUUUUGGAAGCUUAAUAUUAUAAGAUUUUUCCCAUAGUUGUUGGGCAAACAAGUGAGCACAAAAACAUGCAUACAUUUACAAGACAUUCAUUACAUAAUGAAUGUAUGUAGCGUUAGAUUUGAACGGUGUACUCAGAGUAGUUUACUUAAAAAUCAUAUUGGGGCAAGUUGUCACAUGUUUUAAAUGCUGUACAUUUAUAUAAUUUAGUUGUUAAACAAUUACUUGACAUUUUACUUCAUUUCCUUUUACUCUGUCGCUUUUAAGAUUUAACUUAACCGAAAAGUCUACGUAGGUUCCACUGUCACAACUUACCCCAUACUGGGUUUAUUGUGAUAAAACCUCCAAGCUGUUUUUAACAACUAGCCCUGGUCUCCCCUAGAUACCCUGUUAAAAUCAAGGAUUUUCCAACUCUAAAGGGACAUGGACAUACCUCAGCAGUCUUCAUCGCCUCAUAUAACAAUAAAACAUUGCCCUGGAAUGAUGAAGGGAAUGAAACAACAUUGACCAGAGAGGCCUCCAAUCAUUCUGCAUCACGGAGAUAUCCCAUUGGCUACUUUGACUAAGUUCCUGAUUUAUUUGUUUGUUCCGGUGUGUGUUCCGUGAAGAAGUCAUGAAGACCCCAUUUUGGACCCUGCUGCUCUUAUGCUUGUGCUCCUCGGGUCACAGCAACUGCCAAGGGGACUGUUUGACCUGUGGACUCAUCCUACCUGAACACCAAGCGUUUAACACACUGGUAUGUAUCCUGGAAUGUGAAGCACAGGCAUCUCCUGCAUUGACCUGGGAUUUGUGUUACCAGGCAGCAGGUCUGAACCAGCUUUCACUACCAUUGCAGGAGGAGAAAACAUCAAAGCGCUCUGAGGAUGAAGCGGAGCCUCUGGCCACAGUGAGCAUAGAAAAUGACAAUGGUGUUGAGUAUACUGAGGCUUUGGAGCGCUUUCGACAUGCUGUGCAAGCACUCCGCAGCCAGCAGCCUUCAGAGGAAGAGGAGGAGAAACUGGAAAUUUCAUAUGACCCUGACCUUGACCCGAGGACAGAGGAGGACCAGGAAGGUAUAGGAGAAGAGAAGAGCGGAGAAGCAGCCGUAAGCAUAUCCAAGCGAUUUGGAGGCUUCAUGAAAGGUCGUCACGGUUUCCGGAAGUUGGUGAGCUCCGGAAGGCCUUUGCAGAAACGCUACGGUGGCUUCAUAGGGAUAAGGAAAUCUGCCCGCAAGUGGAACAACCAGAAGCGCGUGAGUCAGCUACUGAGGCAGUACCUGAGCUUGACGGGUCGCUCGGGGCGUUCAGGUCACACAAGCAACCUCUCCACCAGAAUCUGAAGACAGGAUGAAGUUUAGCUGGCCUUAGAGCACAGGCCCUGGCCUUUUCACUUACCUCAGCUCAACUGCUCAUCAGCCAUCAGUAACCUGUGAACAUCUAUCAUCCACAACAGCCCAGAACUAGCUAAAUCUGUGUUUAAUCAAAGAAGCGGAAUAUUUUGUAUAGCGUUGGUUUUUAUCAUUGACAUUUCCAUUGACAGUCCUGAUCUCAAUCAAGUUGUUAGGACAAAUGUUGCUGAUGAGAACUGAUUGUUCAUUACAGAAUCAAAACUCCUAGAUUAACCCUGAAGCAUUGUGAAAAAAAUAAAAGGCAAAGCAGUGAAACUUGAAUUGAGCACUUGAAUCAGUUACCAAUAAGAGCAGUGGUUUGUAGUGGAGGAUGGGGUUUGCUUGUUCUGUUUAAGAGAAAAGCACUUUAUAUUUGAUCCUUGCACACUGUGUUGUGCUAAGAUUGGUUGUUUUGCACACGUUCUUGAUGCACAGAACUGUCUUCAAAUUUACACGAGCAAUCAAACGCGCUAAUGGGUGAUAUGUAGCACAAUAUUGAAAGAACGAUCGUCUCUACGGGCUGUUUGACGUUUUUUGGAUCGAUGCUUCCCCCUGGAGUGUACACUCGAAAUUAUGCUCCGAAUGUUUGUGCAAUCCCACGCAAAAAAAACAAACAACAACAGAAUACAAAUCCUGACAAUAUCGCAGAAAUUAUACGACAACUUUAGGCUUUGUAAUCAAAACCUCACCUAAAUGUGAGUUUGGGAGGGGAAAUAAAAUAUAAUAAUAAAAGAUCACUUUAAAUUAAAUUAAAUUAAAACAACCCAGUCAUUACAUUACAAAUAUGUAUGUUGCCAAAAAGGCGCCUUUAAUUGUUUGGUUCAUCCUGAUGGUAAUGGCAUUUCGGUUUAGCAUGUGUUCCAGCUUUCUGAUAUUUGUUUAUGCAUGAACAUAUACUACUGAGGUCAUCUUUAGUGCUUGACAGACUCUCCCUCGCAUUACAAGUUUUGAAAACUGACACCCCACA